AUGGAAUCAACCGUGAACAGUGGAGUGAUUCUUUCAGUUUACAUCAUUUCAUUCCUAAUCGGCUUCCCCUGUAAUCUCUUGGCUCUCUAUGCAUUUAGUACCAAGAUUCGUUCCAAGCCACUUCCAACAGACAUCCUGCUGCUCAACCUGACUGUCUCUGACCUGCUGUUUUUGAUCAUUCUGCCUCUCAAGAUGCACGAGGCAGCAUCUGAUAUGAAAUGGAAUCUGCCCAACUUCAUGUGCUCCAUCACCUCCUUCACGUUUUUCUCUACAAUCUACACCAGCUCCUUGCUGCUGAUGGCAGUCAGCGUGGUUCGCUACAUAGGAGCAGCAUUUCCUAUCGCCUAUCAUAAGCUGCACAAACCUGUGUAUGCAAUUGUUAUCAGUGCUGUUAUUUGGCUGAUCUCGACAGCACACUGCAGCUUUGUUUUCGUCAUCCAGCAUCACCCAUCUUUGCCCAGCAAUAAUUCCAGUACUUGGUGCUAUGACCAUUUUACAAAAAAUCAGAUGCAGAUCCUCCUCCCAGUACGUCUGGAGUUUUUCUUUGUACUCUGCCUCAUACCUCUUCUUAUUUGUGUUUACUGCUACUUGCGCUGCAUCUUGAUUCUGUACAGCCGGCCCAGGAUAUCCCAGAUGCAGAAACAGAAGGCCAUUGGAAUGGCCUCAGGGACUCUUGCUGUGUUCCUUAUUUGUGUUCUGCCAUACAAUUUAUCUCAUUUAGUGGGUUACAUCCAGGGACAAAGCCCAGAGUGGAGGUACUACAGCUUGCUGCUUAGUUGUUUCAACACCUGUAUUGAUCCAAUCAUUUUCUACUUUUCCUCCUCCAUCUUCCGCUUGUCAAGUGAAAAGUUCAUUUUCAGGAAUUGUAUGCUCAGUCCUUCAGGGUUCCAAGGACCUGUCAACAGCUCUAGCUAA